AGGGAGUCGGGGGAAGGUCACUUUUUCGGUUGAUCACUAGUGAAUGUGACCUGUUCCCCAGUUAGCAGCAUGGAUGGGGCGGAGGAGUCUCCUGAAGCAGUAGCAAGCAGGAGGCCCCUGCGUGCAAGAUGAGUUGCCUGCUGCUGAAAUUUCCCCGAGCUGGUGAAUCAGACGCUGUCGUUAUCCUGCACUGACGGGGAGCAGCCCGCGGGGCUCCUCCGGCCUGGGAGCGUUGCAGCGAACGCCACGGAGAGUGAUGAAAUCACCGGUCUCUCUUUCGACACUCAGGGCCUGGCCUGCUGCUCCUUGCAAGGCCGUGGCCUCGGUGCGGCCCUCCAGGAACGGCUGCUGCUGGGUUCAGCCCUGCUGUGUUUCAACCCAUGCGUUGUAACUCAAAAUGGAAACGAACAACCAUUUUAACUUCCCUGGCCUCCCCUCUGUCCCCACUGCCUCAGGACUGAAGCCCGCCCCUUCCUCGGGGGACAGCCUCUACACUAACGGGUCUCCUAUCAACUUCCCCCCGCAAGGGAAAGGCCUGAAUGGCGACAUGAAUGGGAAUGGCUUAUCUACUGUAUCUCACGCUAGUACUUCGGGGACCUUCACCUCUGCCGGGCACUCCCCCGACGCCUCCGCCCUCCCCCACCCGUACGACUAUCUCUGGAACUACCCGCCAUACCAGCCCAGCGGCCUGAAGGAGACCCCUGGUGUCUCCCAGUUCUCCGGCCUCGGACAGUACCCGCUCAAUGGCAUCCUCGGUGGCACCCGGCCGGUGUCCCCGGGGCACAACACUAACCCCAGGGCAGGGCAGGAGUUCUGGGCCAAUGGCACCUCCAGCUCCAUGGGGCUGAGCUUUGAUUCGCAGGAGCUGUACGACUCCUUCCAGGAUCAGAGCUUUGAGCUCGUGCCAAACGGCGCCAGCGGUUUCUACACGGCCGCCCAGCCCUCCCCCAUGCUGGGCUCUGGCGCCCAGCCUUUCUCGCCACCUCCGGGCGCGCAGGACAAGCCAGGCACCGGCCAGGAGGGGUCCUUGGCGGCAAAGGAGAUGUCGCCUGCCGGCGAGGAGACCGGCGCCGCUCUGAUAGGGAGCAAGGAACUGGAGGAGACACAGCCGGACCUGAAAAUGUGCAGCUACAGCAGCUCCGGGCCGGCCAUGGAGCUGCUCAGCCAGGAAGCUUCCGUCUUGUCCCCGGACACCGCUGGGAGCUGCCUGGGCGACGCCUCUGCCCUCGCUGGUCCCCUGGCAGACCCUCCCCUCCUGAGCGAAGACCCACUAGAGCCCUUCGAGUCACUGGCUAGAGACCCAGGGACCGGAGAUCUCUAUGAGAUGGACAACUCCCAGUUGGUGAACGACAAGUCUUCUCUGGAGGCUGCCCCGGACAUCUCAACCCUCGAGUGCUCCGAGAGCCCCUCCCUGAACAACUCCAGCUCCUUCAGCCUGCUACCGGACGACAGCCAGGCCCCCGCCUCGCUCUUCGUCAGCCCCGACUCGCCGCCUGUCCUGGGGGAGGCCGUCCUGCAAGACAGCAGCUUGGACCUGCAGGACGGGGGCGACCCAGGGGAGGAGGAAUCAGAGGCUCUGGAGUGCAGCCCCCCGCUGGAGCCAGAGUCCCCCUGUCUGGAGGAGGAGGAGGAGGAGGAGGAGGAAGUGGCUGAGGACAGCUGCCUGGAGGCUCCGGCCGCCCCGCUCACUGCAUCAGCAAGGGGUGAAGUCCCCCGCAGACGGAUCGCCACGGCGGAGGAGGUUCGCUUCCCCCUGCAGCACGGGUGGAGGAGGGAAGUGCGAAUCAAGAAGGGCAGCCACCGCUGGCAGGGGGAGACGUGGUACUACGGGCCCUGCGGCAAAAGAAUGAAGCAGUUCCCGGAGGUGAUCAAGUACCUGAGCCGGAACGUGGUGCAGAGCGUCCGGCGCGAACACUUCAGCUUCAGCCCCCGCAUGCCCGUUGGAGACUUCUACGAGGAGCGAGACACGCCCCAGGGCUUGCAGUGGGUGAAGCUGACCCAGGAGGAAAUCCCCUCACGCAUCCAGGCCAUCACGGGCAAGCGCGGGCGCCCCCGCAACGCGGAAAAGGAGACGGCCAAGGCCAAGGAGGCGCCCAAGGUGAAGCGGGGCCGGGGCCGGCCCCCCAAGGCCAAGAUGGCCGACUUGCUGAGUAAGACCGACGCCAGGCUCCUGAAGAAACUGGAAGCCCAAGAGGUGCUCAGCGAUGAAGACAGGCUGAAGAUGAGCAAGAUCAAGAAGAAGAUGAGGCGAAAGGCAAGGAACAAACAGAAGCAGGAGGCCAAAGUGCCCAAGCCCAAGGAGGCCAAGAAGAAAGCCAAGGCAAAGAAGGAGAAGGGGCGGCCGGAGAAGGCCAAGGAGAAGGGGCGGCCCAAGGAGAAGGGGCGGCCCAAGGAGAAGGCCAAGGCUGUGCGGAAGGUGGACAAGAACCUACUGGCCCAGCGGCGGCUGGAGGAGCGGCGCCGGCAGCAGAUUAUUUUAGAGGAGAUGAAGAAGCCCACCGAGGACAUGUGCCUGGGCGACCAUCAGCCCCUGCCGCCAUUCUCCCGCAUCCCUGGCCUGGUCCUGCCCAGCGGGGCCUUCUCCGACUGCCUCACCAUCGUGGAGUUCCUGCACAGCUACGGCCGGGUCCUGGGCUUCGAGGUCCCCCGGGACGUCCCCAGCCUCUGCACCCUGCAGGAGGGGCUGUUCGGCAUGGACGACAGUCUCGGUGAGGUGCAGGACCUGCUGGUGCGGCUCCUGCGGGCUGCACUCUAUGACCCCGGCCUCCCUUCCUACUGCCAGUCCCUGAAGAUCCUCGGGGAGAAGGUGUCCGAGAUCAGCCUGAACCGGGACACCGUCUCCGAGAUCCUGCGCUGCUUCCUCAUGGCCUACGGGGCCGAUGCCGACCUGUGCCACGGGCUGCGGACCAAGCCCUUCCAGGCGCUGCCCCCGGACCGCAAGGCGGCCAUCCUGGCCUUCCUGGUCAACGAGCUCAACGGCAGCGCCCUCAUCAUCAAUGAAAUCGACAAGACUCUGGAGAACAUGUCCAACUACAGGAGGAACAAAUGGAUCAUCGAGGGCAAGCUGCGCAGGUUGAAAAUCGCCCUGGCCAAGAGGACGGGCCGCCCGGAGUCCGAGAUCACGGGCCUGGAUGAGGGGCCCAGGCGGCGCAGCUCCCGGGUCACGGAGGAGAACAGUGGUUUGGAGGCAGAGGAGGAAGAGAGCCGGGGCCGGAAAUCCCGCAAGGAUGAGGAGACCAGCAUUCCUGCAUCCAGCGUCCCCGAGCUGGAGAGACAAAUCGAGAAGCUAGCCAAGAGGCAGAUGUUCUUCCGGAAGAAGCUGCUCCACGCUUCGCAGACGCUGCGGGCCGCGGCGCUGGGCCAGGACCGCUACCGCAGGCGGUACUGGGUUCUGCCCCACCUGGGCGGGAUCUUCGUGGAGGGCUCUGAGGCAGCUGCGGAGGGGGGGCCCAAGGACAUGGAGGAGGAGGAGGAGGAGGAAAAAGAGGCUGCCCCGGAGAUCUCCCCUGUGAAGAAAGAACCGGUCGAGCUGCCCAUCCCCAACCGGCUGAAGUGCACGGCCUCCCGGGCACGGGGCCGGCCGCGGAAAAGCAAAGAGGAGCCGGCCCGGCCAGGCAGGCCCAAGCCCCCACCCCUCAACGGGCUCCUGGAGGACUCGAUGCCCCCCUGCCAGAGCCAGCACGACCUGAGCCAGUCAGCCUUCCUGUCCUGGCUGAGCCAGACGCAGUCGUCCCUGCUCAACAGCUCGGUCCUCACCCCAGACAGCAGCCCCGGGAAGGGGGACCCCAGUCCCCCUGCCCCCGAGGCGCCCGCCCUGGAGGAGAGCUUCCCAGAGACAAUGGAGAAACAGGGGCCCUGGUUCAACCUGCUGCCCAGGACGCCCUGCCAUGCCUCUCCCACCCUCACUACCUCCUCAGAGGAACCCCCUGCUAGAGCCGCCCUCCAACCUCGCAGCCCCGGGGACCAGCCCAAGGCUAUGGGCAGGCAGGCGAAUGGCCCCACGUCUCCCCCCCUCGCUUCCACGCCCAUCCACGCCAGCCCCAGGGUGCCCAGCGCAUGCCCCAGGGGCCGGGGCGGACCUGAGAAGGCCCAGGAGCCGCCGGGGCAGCCCAAGCGCCGGGGCCGGCCCCCCACCAAGUUCUUCAAGCAGAUUGAGCAGAAGUAUCUCACCCAGCUGAUGGCUCAGCCCGUGCCCCCAGAGAUGCAGAGCGGCUGGUGGUGGCUUAAGGACGCGGAGGAGCUGGAGGCCGUGGUCCGAGCGCUGCACCCGCGGGGGAUCCGCGAGAAGGCCCUGCACAAGCACCUCACCAAGCACAAGGAGUAUCUGCGGGAGGUCUGCACCCGCGCCACUGCCGAUCCCAUCUUCCAGCCCCCGGCCACCGGCCACCCCGUGUCUCAGGAAGCUUUGGCCCGGUGGUCCGUGACGGAGCGGGCCUACGAGAUGGACCUUGCCCUCCUGCAGUGGGUGGAAGAGCUGGAGCAGCGGGUCCUGAUGGCGGAUCUGCAGAUCCGGGGCUGGACGUGUCCAAGCCCCGACUCGGCGCGGGACGACCUGCGGUACUGCGAGCACAAAGUGGGCGCCCUGGAGGAGAUCACCCUCAAGAACCGGUGGGAGGGGCUGCCCCCCUCCCGGGAGGCCACCAACCCCCUGGACCUGGCCGUCCUGCGGCUGGCGGCGCUGGAGCAGAAUGUGGAGCGCCGGUACCUGAAGGAGCCGCUGUGGGCGCCGCACGAGGUGGUGGUGGAGAAGGCCGUGCUGAGCAGCCCUGAGGCACUGGACCUGGGCAGCACGGAGAUUGCCUACGAGAUCACUCCCCGGAUGCGGACGUGGCGCCAGACCCUGGAGCGGUGCCGGAGCGCGGCCCAGGUCUCCCUGUGUAUCUACCAGCUGGAGAAAUCCAUUGCCUGGGAGAAGUCAGUCAACAAAGUGACGUGUCUGGUGUGCCGGAAGGGGGAUGACGACGAACACCUGCUGCUGUGUGAUGGCUGCGACCGCGGCUGCCACCUCUACUGCCAUCGGCCCAGGAUGACGGAGGUGCCGGACGGGGACUGGUUCUGCUCUGUCUGCAUCUCCCAGGCGGGAGGCGAGUAUUACGAGGACCCCAGUUCGCCCAGGCGAGGCAAGAAGCGGAAAGGCGGGCGUCUCUUCGGGGGGGGCUUCCCAGAGGAGGAGGAGAGCCCUGGGCGCCGGGUCCUGCCGCGGAGGCGUGACACCCUGUCGGUGCCCCGCUACUCAGGGGAGGGCCUGUCCCCCUCCAAGCGGAGGAGACUGUCCCCACGUGGCCAGAGCAGCGACCUGACCUUCUGCGAGAUCAUCCUGAUGGAGAUGGAGUCUCAGGAGGACGCCUGGCCCUUCUUGGAGCCCGUCAACCCCCGGCUGGUGCCCGGCUACAGGAAAAUCAUCAAGAGCCCCAUGGACUUUGCCACUAUGCGGACACGGCUGCUGCGGGGCGAGUACGUGAGCUGUGAGGAAUUCGCCACCGAUGCCACGCUGGUGUUCGACAACUGCCAGACCUUCAACGAGGACGACUCGGAGGUGGGCAAGGCCGGGCGUGCCAUGCGGAGAUUCUUCGAGAGCCGGUGGGAGGAAUUUUAUCAGGGAAAACACGCUUCUAACCCGUGAAGCGGGAGCCCAGGGGUGGGGUUGUGGACUGUGCUCCCCGCCCUCCACGCUCCUGACCUGAGACCUGUCUCGUGCGGUUUGGGAUAGGGAGAGAGACCCACUCCCACUCCCGCAAAAGAACUGACUCCUCUGGAGACGAUCUCGCUGCCUGCUGAAUUCCCGACGGAGGCUGGUCCCGGCGUGGCGUGGAAAAGCCCCUCCCCCACACACACACAUACCAGGGGGCUUGGGGCAACGAGACGUCUCCACGGCCCGGCUGCUCCCCGCCCCCAGCCCCCCCCCAGCCACCCGGACUCUCAGACUGUGUAAGCCAAAAACGAAAGAAACCAGGCGAUCGCUCUUCAGGUUCCUUUUCUACUUCACCACCACCUGACCUGGCAAAGGAAGAAAGACGCCCCCCCGCCCCCUUGGCUGGGAGUAUUUAACAUAGCAAUAGUUCGUAGUGACCGUGUAUGAGGAUGGCACUGCUGUGUGCUGUCUCUGAGGCAUUAAUGGCCAGUAAAGUGAACUCAACUCCUCGAGAUUCGCGUCGAGCUUCACACCCGGACCCGCUCGCAACAACACUGGGAUGCGCUGCUUCCACACACAGCCCUCCCCCCGUCCCCAGCUCGCUGCUUCCCUUCCGGGACCUUUCCAUGCCUGCCCUUCCGCCCUUACCUUCCGGGGCCUUUCCAUGUGCCCCCGUCCCCAUUGCACUUACAUUCCGGGACCUUUCCAUGCCCCCUCACCCCUCCUCAUCCUUUCCUUCCGGGACCUUUCCAUGCCCCCUCGCCCCUCCUCAUCCUUUCCUUCCGGGACCUUUCCAUGCCUGCCCUUCCGCCCUUACCUUCCAGGGCCUUUUCAUGUGCCCCCGUCCCCAUUGCACUUACCUUCCGGGACCUUUCCAUGCGUCCCUGUUCCCAUUGCACUUACGGUCCGGGACCUUUCCAUGCCCCCUCACCCCUCCUCAUCCUUUCCUUCCGGGACCUUUCCAUGCCUGCCCUUCCGCCCUUACCUUCCGGGGCCUUUCCAUGCACCUCGUUCCCAUUGCACUUACCUUCCAGGACCUUUCCAGUCCUGCCCCUCUGCCCCCCUUAUCCUCCUGGACCUUUCCAGGCCUGUUCCCCGCCUCCCUUUACCUUCCGGGACCUUUAUACUACCCUCAACAGGAUCCCCAUCCCUCCCCAACCCUAACUCUCUCCCAACUCCCUCCCCCACAUCAGGCCGUACCAUUGCAGGCCCUUUAGUGGGGAGGAGUCCCUAUUGUCCUGUCCCCCCCAACCCACUGGGUCAGAUCCUUCUCUGCUGUAGGACUGUCACCCCCCCACACACACAUACAAUUAAUAGGGGUUUGAGGGAGGAUCGGACACCCCCACGGAUCUGGCUACAGGGAUCUGGGCUGGGCUGAGCAUCGCUGUAGCCGGAGGCGGGGUUCUGUGUGGGGGAGCCCCUUCCCUGCCCUGUUCCUCAGCAGGAACACGCACCCCCCACCCCCUCGUGAGCUAGGCUUGUUCAUGGGAUCCCAGCCUGAAUGGGCGUGUGCCCCUCCCUUUGCUGUGAGGCCACCACCCCCCCCCCAGUAGGGCUUGUGCUGUUUGUUCUUCCUUCAACUCUCCCCCCCCCGCCCCAAGCUGCUGGGUUUGCACUUCAUGGAGGAACCCAGCCCAGCUCCCCCCACCCCGCUGUGUGCUCUUCGCAGGCAGCACCCCUCCCACCUCGCAGGGGUAAAGAACGGGCAGGGGGAGCAGGGCAGGACCCGUCCCUCCAAGCCAGAAGCUGCCCCACACUGGGAUGGGGGGGGCGCCCCAAAGGGGUGGCAGAGCAUAGGCAGCUCUAGGACCUCAACCCCAGCGUGUCAGCAUCUCCCCCGCCCCCCAGAUUCCUGUUGACCGAUCCAGGGAGCCAGAGCUGCUGUUUUGAUCCCCUCUGUCCCAGGACGGGCCACUCAUGCCAGCCCCCUGGCUAUCCCCCCUGCCCCCUAAACCUCUGAAUGUCUCUGCUGCCCCCAGCUUGUGGGAGGCCCCACAUCUACUCAAGCCUCCCCACCCCCGUGCCACUCGCCAGGCCUGGGGGACCUCUUGGGGGAGGGGAUGCUUUGGUGAAGGUGCACCGGGGGGUGGGGGGGGGGUGGCCGACCUUGCUCCCUGCCAACCUGCUCAGGGCAGGGGAAAGGCCUGGGUUGCCUGGGCCGCGGGGAGCCCAGCCCACGGGCCACUUGGUCCCAGUGGAGAGUCUCCCUCCACUCCGUGACCCCACCCUCGGCUCGGGUGCCGAGAGCUGGAGGUAAAGGCUUGCUUCCCCCCCCACCCCACCCCCAGCAGCUGGCUAGGGCAGUUAGGCACCCAGCUUCAAAUGGGGAGGGGGGCACUCAGCUCCCUCCGCAGAUUGGCAGCAGUGUCGGACAAGCUGCUGCAUCCUGGGUCCCCCACCUCCCCAGUAUUGAGGGUAAUGUGUGAUGGUGAAUGCUGGGGGUGGGCCAGGCCUGAUCUAGGCAGGGGAGGCUGAGCUGGGUUAUCGCUAAUCCCACUGCCGGUUGUCUUUGGAAAUAUCCCCCCUCCAUAGCCCCUCAUUAACCCUUUGCUCGUUCACUCUGCAGCCCUUGCUGGUCUCCCCCAGGACUUUCUGGAAAGCGCGGGGGGGGGGGGUGUCCCUUGCCCUUCCCAUGCAUUAAGCCCUGUCUGGGGAUAGAGCGUCACGGAGGUGGAGUGACAGUGUGGAAAUCAACCCCCUGGCCGCCCCCCGCUCCUCAAACCACGAUAUUACGGGUACUCGCUUUAGAGCGGCUGGCGGGCAGGCCCCAGCGGAGCCGCUUAACAGUCCAGUCCAGCUGUGCGACAUCUGGGACGCACCCACCCGCCCCCUUCCCCCAGCCCGUCGUCCACUCACCAUGAGCACUGAAAUCAACUAACCUACCUUGGGGGGGUGGGAAGCCCUGAAAUGGAAGCAGCCUCUGUCAUGCAUUCCCCCCCCCAUCGUCUUUAAAAGUAGCCUUUUUUCUAUCAAAUAACCUCAAAAACUUUUUAUUUUAUUUUUUUGCUUUGAAAUAAGAGGUGGAUUUGAAGCCUAUUUGAACUGACUUUAUAUUAUGCAUAAAUAUUUAUAUUUUAUCUAAAUAACUGCGCUGUAACAAACUUUUUUUUAAAAUAUUUUGGAUCUGUCAGGUUUUUUUUUUUUUUCUUUUUGGUUUGUGUUUUUGUUUUUGUCAUGGAAAAAUUUUAGUCUCUGUAAUGGUGUUGUGGUGUUUUAAAAAGGUUUUUGUUUUUUGUUUUUUUUCCCUGAUAAAACGCCCUGAAUUUUAAAUCCCCACCUUCCCUCUUAGCCCCUGCCAUCCCCUCAAAAUUAAUCCAGCCGCGUCUGAAAUCCCACCCAUCUACUCUUCCUUAUUGGGGAUGCACCAGAGUGUAAAAAUCCAUUCUGGACUGAGUAUGAGAGAUGUCAAGAUGCGGAAUAUAUUUUAUUUUUUAACCCUUAAUGAGUUGGCUUUGUAAAUUACAUUUUGGGGGGGUGUCUUGAACUGGCCUUCCCCCUCCCCUCCCACCCUGGCUGUCUGAUAAAAACAGGAAGAACCAACCACGAUAAAAGAAAGAGAUUCUGAUGUUCCUUGCAAAAGGAACAGGACUGGCUCUUUUUUAUAUAACCAAAUGUGGUGUUUUAGUGACUUUUUGAUAAUGUACAGUUUUUGUGAAUUUAAAUUUAUUUCUUUCUAUAUUUUUAGGACCAAUCUCAUUUUUAAUAAGGUUUAAAGGAAAAAAAAAUAUUCUAGAUUAACUCCUGUUUGUUGCCAUGUGAUGUUCCCACAAGUACAGCGGUAGAGAGUGCUUGUCAAGUUGCGAGAAUAAAAACAAACCCACGUUUGAUAGA